UGGUUGCUAUGAGGAUUUUGAACACUAGCAACUGGAUUGCUGAUUUUGCAGUCUAGAGAGCUACUGAAUAAAAAUCUAAAUAACUCAAAAUUAUAAGAAAUGAAAAUACAAAUUGUCUCCAGAAAAUGGAGUCAUAGAAACAGAUGCUACAGCUAGUGAUGGGCGAAUUUCUCCCGUUUCGCUGAAAAAUUUGUGUAUUUCCCGUGAAAAUUGUGAAAUGGCAAACAAAUCGCGAAAAAAUAGUGAAACUCAAAAAUUUACGCCCUCUGGCAAGUCAAUUGACACCAGCGUUAAAGUCAACUGGCGUUCGAAUAGUGUUGAUGCACAUCGAUUUUAAUGCAAUCAACUUUUCGGAUGCGCGGCAAAAAAAUUUGAAUAUCGAAAUUGAAAAUUUGAAUAUCGAAUUUUAUCAUGUACUGUCUCUUUAAAAAUUAGACUUCGACCAUUCGCCAUUUAAAACCUGCCAAAUUGCUGUUUUAGCCUAUGGGGGACCUCCUAGAACAUAUUUGGGGUCAAUUGGUGGACUUUGACGAAAUUUUUUUUUUUUAAUUGAAUUCAAUCGAAUGCGCUGUUACUUUUCAAAUUCGAUCGAGAACGGACAUAUUCUAUUGAAAACUGACCUGUUCGGCCCAAAAAAAAUAUUUAGAUAUUUUUUAAUAAAUUUCAGUUGGUCUUUUUUAAUUCAAAUUUCAACGUUUUUUAAAUUCGAAAUUCGACCCUUGAUAAAUCUGCCCCAUUCAUAAGUCAAGUAAAUAAAACACAUUAGGGAAUCAGUUUUCCUGUAGCUUCACACUGCAUUUGUCUUUUCUUCUUGCUUUUUAUUAAGCAAGAUAAGCUUUGCAGUGUUAAUAUACAUCUUUACACAGUUUAUUAAAAGGCACAUUUAAAUUUGAAUCAAUAAGACUGUGAAUUACAUUCAGUCAAUACUACAGUUGCCCUACGACACUACCAUUGUGAUGUCAUCAGUAAGUACCAUCAUGAGGUCAUCAGUAAGUAAAUGCCAUUAUGAUGUCAUCAGUUACUACCAUUGUGACAUCACAAGCCAUCCCAUAAUAAGUACCAUUAUGAGGUCAUCAGUAAGUAAAUGUCAUUGUGAUGUCAUCCAAACUACCAUUGUGACAUCACAAGCCAUCCCAUAAUAAGUUCCAUUAUGAGGUCAUCAGUAAGUAAAUGCUAUUGUAGGAUUACCAUAUUAGGAAACAGUUUUCCUGCAACUUCACAACUGAGUUGUAUUGUAGGAAAGCUUUUCCAGCAACUACAUCAAUUUUUAUCUUUUUUCUUUCUUUUUAUAAACAAGGUAAGUGGGGGAAAAACCUGUAAUGUUGAUUUUUAACACUUUUGGACAUUUUUUAAUAAUAAGACCGAUAAAAAAGUGCAUUUUGCAAUGUAAUAAUGUUUAUUAGUUACCAGCAGAUUUCAAUUUAAUCAGUAGGGUCUUGUGAUGGGUGAAUUUGUCCCGUGAAAAUCGUGAAACGGGCGAAAAAUUUGUGAAAUGGGAUUGACGCUGGCGGCAAUUGACGCACAUUAAGUCAAUGGCAAGUUCGCAAAUUUAUCCGCUGACGGUAAAACGCGCAAAUUCGUGCCUGGCGAAUAAAUUCGCCCAUCACUAGUAGGGUCAUUUAUUACACACAUGCAACACAAACCAACAUGCAUUACAACAUAUUUUCAGGAUGUUCCUUUUAUUGCUAUAUUAUGAAAAAAAAGUUGUUUCAAGCAUUAACGAGUUUCCAUUUUUACUCACUUUCCACUUUGUUCUUUUGCAUUUUAGUUUAUUAAUCUGAAACAUCAAUAUAACAAACAGAAUGUCAACGGAAAAAGUUCAAGCAACUAUUGAAUUUUAUUUACAUCUAGAGCAAUUCCAGAAUCUGAUUCCUCUAGAAAACGUGUAUUAUCAAAUAAGGACAUCAUUCGAGAUCCUUACGAACCUUCCUCACACAGUUGAAGGAAGAAUUUUUCAUACUAAAGAUGGUUUGGCUUCAGUAAAGGGCAAUGUCUUCUCUACCAGCAUAUUUGAAAUGGUCGAUACCACUAGUGCUAUUACAAUCGACGAUGUCGCGAUCUACACCAUUAAUAUCCUCCUGGAUACAAGUAAAAUUGAAGAGACUCUGAAUGCCCUGGAGAGCAGGAUUGUCUUCGACGUAUGCUAUGCAGGAUUAAACAAGCCUAAGGAUUUGGUACCAUUCUUCAGCCAGGACACAACACUGCACUUUAACCUGCAUCAAGGGAUUCAUGACCACAUGAAUAUAAUGUUUAAGUCAUUUUCAAAGUCAUCGAUCGAGGUUCAUGCCAUGUUGGUUGUAUUACAACCCCCACUGAAGAGCUUUUACGAGAAAACCUCAGUAGUCAAAAUAAUUCCUUGGAUCCAAAGGACAAAGACUAAAAUACAGAAGUUGAAAAGUGCCAUUUUUGGCAAAACCUGCAAAAAGAAAUUGUCAAAUGUUAAAUGUUUUGUGAUAAAAGAGAAACAACUGCAGCAUGCCUACCGUUUCCAUUCAACACUACGGUCCUGCUUGCUGCUUUCCUAUGAUGGAUUCUGCAGAUACUUGACCUCCAUAUCAGAAACGCUGCCUUCCUCAUUCAGGCUGGAACUUGAAAAACUUGAUAUAAAAGCCCGGCUCAGCGAGUUUUCUGACAAAGUGACGGAAAUGGAAGACCUCGAUGAUGUGGCGGAAGCAAUAAAUGCCAGCCUAAUCCAGCUAUCAGCCGAACUUCUAAAUCUGUGGGGAACAUUUCUUCAAGUCUCCUUGGAGAAUAAACUAUUGCAGCAGAAAAUGAAGAAUGAAAACUUCAAAAAUUUGUUCUUUUCUACUGAGCAUCUGAGACAAGAAGCUGUUUUAUAUGAUGAGAAAACCGUCCAAAGCCAUAAACGGAUUUAUAAAAAAGUAAAAAAAGCUCUAAAAGUCAAUGGUCCUCUCGAGUGCCUGGACGAGAACGUGAUAUUGAAAUCUCCUCCCGUUAUCUUCGAAGACCGAUACUUACACCCUGACGCAAUAGAUGACUAUUCAGAAGAUUUUGAAUCCUCCGCUUUUGUCUACGCCAAAGAUAUACGCAGGAGACUUGAAUCAAUCUGUCCUAUCAAAAUAACAGACACAGAUCAUGAUUUAAAUACUUUCUUUUAUAAAAUUUCAUCUCCGUUAAUGCAUGGGUUAUUUAAAGUCAAAAAAGUACUGAGAGAUCAGAUAUGUAUGUCCCUUACUGGUAAAUAUCCUACUCUGGACCCCAAGAACCUUAAUCUGAACAUGAUGCUAGACGACGGCUCAAAUGAAGGGAUAUCUGUGCAUAUGAGGAUGAGAUAUAUGAAUGAAGAGCAAGUAAUAAUUACCUUUGUAUAUGGAUAUCUUGGUGGAAGAACUACUGUCAUCGGGCAGCUAGAAAACAAGCAUGAAACUCUGACUAAAUACAAUUCUUUGGCUAAUCGUCUGUUGAGUCAAAUUGCAGAAAUGAAACAAUCUAAGAAUCUGGAAAUAUCCACAAUCAGAUUAUUCCAUGAAACUAGCAAGAAGAAACUCAUUUGGAAGCAAAAUAUACAGACACCAAAAGGGUUUAGGAAGUCUACUGCUCCCAAAGAGAAGUCCAGUAGUGAAUAUGAUGGAACACAUCUAAUAGUUUGUGUACACGGCAUGGGUGGUUCCGAAGAUGAUCUUCAAUUUUUAACAAGUUAUAUUGAGUCUGGAGUAACGCAUGGGACUAUCAACUUCCUCAUGUCUAAGUACAACAUGAAUGGCACUGAUAAUAUUGAUUCUUUGGCCAGGGGACUCCUAACUGAAAUAGUCCAGCAUAUAACAAUGCAAAAGCUCGUUAUUUCCAGGAUCAGCUUUAUUGGCUUUUCUUUAGGCAGUGUAAUUAUACGUGCAACUCUGUGCAGACCUGAAUUUGAUGCCUUCCUUGGAAACCUGCACACGUUCCUCUCCUUCGGUGGUCCAAAUAUGGGCCUCCUGUACCAUACCAGCUGUAUUGUUAAUAUGGGUAUGCGGUAUCUGCAGGGUUCUGACUCCCUAUCACAGCUGGCAUUCAAAGAUCACAGAGACCCAAGACAAACGUUCCUCUACAAACUGAGCCAGCAAACAGGGUUGGAGCGCUUCAAGAAUGUGGUUCUAGUGAGCUCGUUAAAGGAUUACUAUGUUCCUUAUCACUCCGCUCGUAUUGAAAUGUGCAAAGCUGCUAUGAAGAGAAAUGCGUUAGGGAAAGUUUAUAGAGAGAUGCUCCACAACAUCCUCGAGCCUGUUAUAAACAACAAGAACUGCAAUUUCGUGAGAUACGAAGUUGGUUUUGAUCUGCCCAUAUCAUUCCAGUCUGUCACUGGAGUUCUGGGCCACUGUUCAUUAAUUAUAUCUAGCCAAUUUUUGGAAAACUUCUUUCAAAAUGCUGGCCUGAAGUAUUUCAAAUAGAAAAAAUAUGAUGCCGGACAUAUUUAAUACGAGUACCAGAGACAUCGAGUUGCAGAACCUUUUGUACCGUCUUGCACAAUGAACUAAUGGUGAGAUUUAUAUCUGAUUGUGUGGGCUAUUCCAUGUAGAGUCUGUUUUAUUCAACCUCUCAUAUACAUUAAUAUACUGACAUAGACUUAUUCUAAUCUACAGAUAUCAUCUACAGUACGAUGCCGAUAUUAUAAACCUGGCCUAUAAGCAAGAAGAAGAUAAACCUUAAGAGACCGAAUAGGCUAAUUUAUCAAAAAUCUAAUUUGUGAGGUUUAGAGUUUUUUUUUCUUCUGCUUCGGAGAAACUCACAAUAUAAAAAAACUCAAAUGGUUACCUAUGUAUGGAAAAAUCCGAAUGUAAAAAACACAAUUGAAUGCAAUUGUGAAAAAAAACUCAAAUAUCUCAAAUAUUUUGAGUUUAUAGGCUUACAGAAAUCAAAAUUGUGAGUUUAGAAACUCGAAAACUCAAACUAAAACUCAAACGCUCACAGUAAG